AAAUCCCGCCGCCAUCGUCCAUCCUGCCACCCCCUCCAUAGAUCUGCCUGCCUCAAUAAUCCCGCCGCCACCUCCAUCGUGUCGCGCCCCUCCAUCACGCUGCCCCCUUUGGUGUCAUUUGCCUGUGGAAUCGUGAUUUCCCUUCCUGUUUUUUGGUAAACUUUGGGGGAAUUUCUGUUCGUAGGAUUUGAGUGUGAUUGAAGAAAUUUUCCUUGGGGGAAUUCAUGCUGGAGCAUCACUGAACUCGUCUAUGGCUAUUCCCUAGCGAUUUCCUCUCUCAAAUUUGUGUUUAUCUUGGAGCAUUGAUUUAACAUUUUUGUUCUUUCUUAUCUGCAGGAUUUAAAGGUUGUUCUAGGUCCUUGCAGGAUUAAGCCUAACAAAACAGAGAUUUGUGAUUAAAAGUUGGUUCAAGGUUCUUGCAAUAUUAAGCCUAGCAAAACAGAUUCGUGGGCAGCAAGGAAAGGAAGGUGUUGUAGUUCAGAAAAUCCAAAAACAACUAGGAGAUUGUCGAGCUCUAGUGUAAGGUAAGUUCAACUAAUUUACCUUGUUUCCGGUUCAAUUGUGUGUUUGUUCAUUAUCUUUGAGUGUAUGCAGCAAAGUUUUUAUGCUUGUUAUAUGUUCUUAGAAGCUCUAUCAUAUCCGUAAUAACACACAUGGAUAAAUCGUGGAUCGACAAUGUGGCUAGGUACAAUACAACUUUUUUUCACAAUAACUAAAAAAAUGUGCUACGUGGUUAUCUUGAUAUUUAACAUAGAAAUUGCAUGUAGGGAGACAAAGGCCUAUACACAAGGGGUGAAUAGUUUUCUAGCUUUUGCAUUAAAAAAUUCAGCGGUAGGAAGCAAGAUUUUAUGCCCUUGUAGGAAGUGUGUCAACUCAUUUUGGCGGGAGGCUAUUGAAGUUCGAGAACACUUGAUUUGUGAUGGAUUUUUAAAAGGGUAUAGAACAUGGACCUUACAUGGAGAAGCUAGUUCCUCUGUAUUGAACAAUGAAAAUGGUGAUGUCCCUGAGUUCAUUGAGGUGCAUGACGAAGAAGAUGACAUAUCUGAGUUGAUUAAGGAUUUAGCAUGUGGUUUAGAUGAUAGAGGAGAUAUGGAAGAUGAUGGGUCUUUUGAUCCAUUUGAUAAAGAUGUAGCUACCAUUCGUAGGCUAGCAGCAGACAACAGUCAAGAAUUGUACCCAGGUUGCAAUAAGUACUCAAAGCUACGCUUUCUAGUUCGUUUACUUCACAUAAAACUUCUUGGAGGAUGGACGGAUAGAAGUUUUAAUUUGUUGGUUGAUCUACUUGUUGAUGCGUUGCCUAAGGGUUCAGCACUUCCUAGAAACUUUCAUGAAGCUAAGAAAUUAGUGAAAUCAGUGGGAGUUGGGUACACUUCUAUCCAUGCAUGCGAGAACGAUUGCAUUCUUUACUGGAAGGAGCAUGAAAACUCUAAUUCAUGUCCGAAAUGUAAUGUUUCACGCUGGAAAUCAGAAAAGAUGAGUUUGGACGGAAAGCGUGAGUACAAAAUUCCUAAGAAAGUUCUUCGUUACUUUCCUAUCAAGAAAAGACUUCAAAGAUUAUUUGUGUCCUCCAAAACUGCAAGUCUCACAAGGUGGCAUGAUGAACACCGAAUAAAUGAUGGUUUGCUUAGGCAUCCUGCAGAUUCCCCCCUAUGGAAGGAUUUUGAUAAAAAACAUCCCGAAUUUGCUGCUGAUAGCCGAAAUAUCCGUCUAGCAUUUGCUACCGAUGGUUUCAAUCCCUAUAGGACUAUGAAACUUAGUUAUAGUAUUUGGCCAGGCAUUCUGAUUCCAUUCAACUUUCCACCUUCAAUGUGCAUGAAGGAUACAAAUUUUAUCUUGUCUGUGCUGAUUCCUGGCCGAUCUUCUGCUGGAAGUGAUAUGGAUGUAUAUUUUCAGCCACUUGUUUAUGACCUGCUUGAUUUGUUUGUUAAUGGUGUGAGAACUUAUGAUGCUUCGAAGGGUGAAUACUUUCAAUUGCGUGCUGCAAUACUUUGGACCAUCACUGAUUUCCCUGGUCUAGGUAGUGUAUCCGGAUUUGUCACAUCUGGUGAAGCAGCGUGUCCCGACUGCCACUCCUUGCUCUAUUCCCUUAGACUUGGAAAUGGUUGCAAGUCUUGUUACAUGGGACACCGCAGGUUCUUGCAUCCAGAACACCCAUUUAGGUUUGAUGUUGAUUCAUUUGGUGGCGAAGAGCUAAGUCCGACACCUGUUCCUCUUUUAGGAGAGGAAAUUUUGGAAUGCACCAAAGAUCUAAAAACAGUUUAUGGCAAGGACCCAUCUCGUAAGCCCACAAAAUAUCAGAAACGUAAGGACGGUGAACCAUUAGUCUUUUUGAAAAGGAGAACUAUUUGGUUCAUCCUUCCAUAUUGGAAGGAUUUGAUGGUCCGAUAUAAUUUUGAUGCCAUGCACAUAGAGAAGAAUGUAUGUGACAACAUAAUUAACACUUUAUUGGACAUUGCUGGAAAAUCUAAGGAUGAUUUGAAUGCUCGCUUGGAUCUUCAAGAAUUAGGAAUUAGAAGUGAUCUUCAUCCAGUUGAACUAGAACAUAACCAAUUUUAUUUACCUCCUGCACCCUACUCAAUGAGUCAUGCUGAGAAGAAAUUAUUUUGUCAAGUAUUAAAAGGGUUUCCCGAUUUGUCUCUAGAUGAAAUUGAAGAAUGUCCAGAUAAAAGGGUUAGUGACGCUGAUUGGAAAUUUCUCUAUGAAUAUUGGUUGACUUCUGAAUUUCAGGCUCGUUCGAAAGCUGGAAAAGUAAGCCGGCAAAAGGUACAAUUGCUCCAUACAUCUGGUAGUGUGAGCUUUGCAUGUUCAGAGCAUAAAUUGGCUAUGAAACUAGGACGCCCCCCACGAAGAGAUGAAACCUUUAUCAAAACCCAUACAAGAAAAAAUGGUGUUCCUUCAAUUCAGGCAGAGCCAAUUAUCAAUAAACUUAAAGAUGUUGUCCAAGUAUAUCCAGAGUUAAAGGAGAAAACAAUUCAGGAAGGUGAUGUAUUUGCUCUUGUUUGUGGAGAGAAAGAGCCAAAAGGAUAUAUCCGUGCUGUGGGUUUAGGCCCAACUCCUCAAGAUAUUGGCACCCCUGGGUUGAAGGGUUAUGCACCAACAAGACUACAAAUGGAGAUUCUGGCUCGUACCAAAGCUGAAAAGGACAAGGCUGCUCUAGAAAAACGCAUACUUCAAUUGCAGGCAGAAAUUGAGGAAAGGGCACAACUAGACAGGGCAAGUGAAGGGCCCAUGUCACAGCAUGGUUCCACAUCACGUCAAAAUGUGAAUUCAAGGUUAGAACAUGGUGAUGAAGAUAAUGCAUAUGGAGAUGACGAUUGUAAUGAUGAGGACACAAUUGCACCAAGCACUGCACCAGGCACUAAUGAUGCUUCUCAUUCUAAACAUAAUUCUUUGGUUGGAAGAGAAGCCAUAUUAUAUGCUUUGUUGAGAUCGGAUCAACCUGUGGCCAAAGGAAUAAUAGUUUCAACUAAUCCGAGUACCAUAGUUGCAGAUCUGCCCAUUGGAAGGCAAUUUUGUGAAGUUGUUGUGACUUGUGUCCUGAAAAGAGAUGCAGUGUUGGCUCGUCCCUACGAUGAUAUGCAAACUAUGGCUACUGCUCACAUGAUGUCGCUUGCAUGGCCAUACAAGAAACUGAAGGUCAUCAACAAGGCAUCAGCAACACCUAACACAUCACCUAACAUUUCAGGAAAUGGACAAUGUUAGUAUCAGAUCAUGUUACAACCAACCGUGGACAUGGUUCUUCGGUCUUGCAUUUCUUUUGGAGCUUUUGUUGCGUAUGUUGCGUACAACAACGUGAAGGAAUUGAGUUAUUGUAAUACCGUGGACUAGCUUUUGAGUUAUGUAAUGUGAUAUUGCAACCUAUGGACUAGUUCGAUGUAUUGCAAACAUUAUGUUACUAAUGAUGUUAAUAUAUGAUCGAUGGAUAUUGAAAGACCAUUAAUUUGUGUGCAA